GCAGUUUUUGGAGUGAAAGAGGAAGAGGAGGAGAUGACUGUCACAUCUAAAAUGGAGGAGGAAGAAGAAGAGGAGGAAACUGGAUAUCUGGGCCCGGUUUCCCAAACGCAUCUUAUGUUAUCCAAUGGUUCUAACGGUGAACUUAACCGUAAGAUGGUUUUGAGAAACCGUUCCCUGAUUAACACUAGAGAGAGACAAGACUAUAGUGGAUCCUCUGGGGAGCCUCAACAACAGCAUGAUGCUGAAGAGACAGAGAAGAGUCUCUCCACAUCAGAACACCUCAAACACCAGCAGAGACCCACAGGAAAGAAACCUCACCGCUGCUCUGACUGUGGGAAGAGAUUCACCUCUUCAACAGACCUUAAAAGACAUCAGAGAAUCCAUACAGGAGAGAAACCUUAUAGCUGUGAUUGGUGUGGGAAGAGUUUUACUACAUCUAGCCAGCUGACUAUACACCAGAGAAUACACACAGGAGAGAAACCUUACCACUGUUCUGACUGUGGAACAAGUUUUGUUUCUUCCCAAUAUUUAAAAUCACACAAGAGAACACACACAAUAGCGAAACCUUACCACUGCUCUGACUGUGGAAAAUGUUUUGUUUCAUCACAAUAUUUAAAAUCACACCAGAAAACACACACGGGAGAGAAGCCUUAUAGCUGUGAUCAAUGUGGGAAGAGAUUUAGUCACUCAAGCAACUUGAUGGUACAUUUGAGAACGCACACUGGAGAGAAACCUUAUAGCUGUGAUCAAUGUGGCAAGAGUUUUACUUCAUCUAGUCAGCUGACUAUACACAAGAGAACACACACAGGAGAGAAACCUUACCACUGUUCUGACUGUGGAAAGAGUUUUGUUUCAUCCCAAUAUUUAAAAUCACACCAGAAAACACACAAAGGAGAGAAGCCUUAUAGCUGUGAUCAAUGUGGGAGGAGUUUUACUCACUCAAGCAACAUGAUAUCACACCAGAGAACACACACAGGAGCGAAACCUUGUGGCUGUAAUCAAUGUGGGAAGAGGUUUACUCAGCCAAACAUCCUGAUAGCCCACCAGAGAACACACACAGGAGAGAAACCUUAUAGCUGUGAUCAAUGUGGGAAGAGUUACUCUGGUAAAAGAUCUCUGAUUAAACAUCAGAAAAUACAUAAAGGAGUUGUUUCAUGAUAUCAAUGAAAUAAUGUCACAAUGUAGAAUGUUUUAACAUUGUAGUAGGAGUAUUCUAAUGAUGUCAUAAUGUAGAAUGCUUUAACAUUGUAGUAGGAGUAUUAUGAUGUCAUAAUGUAGAACCCUAAACGUUUGUCCCCUGUUCUGUUGAUUUCAGCAUGAUAUGGAUAUUAGCCUCAUUGAGAAGAGUAGUAUUUAUGUGAUUAACAUUAACACAAAUAA